UGUGUGCAGAAGUGUAGUUACUGUCAGAAGAGGUGUCUGGGGAAGCGGCAGGCUGGAGCUUGUGUACAGUGUUCAUAUGGACGAUGUCCCACCUCCUUUCAUGUGACCUGUGCGCACGCGGCAGGAGUCUCCAUCGAGCCAGACGAUUGGCCAUAUGUGGUGUCAAUCACCUGUCAUAGACAUCAGAAUCAAGGCUCCUCAGCUAAACUGCAGGGGAUCCAGGGAGCCAUAUCUCUCGGCCAAAUGGUUAUAUCCAAACACAAGAACCUGCGCUACUACAGCUCUAAAGUCACGCAGAUCACCUCCCAAACCUUCUACGAGGUCAUGUUUGAUGACGGUUCCUUCUCCAAUGACACGUACCCAGAAGACAUCGUGAGCAGAGAUUGUGUAAAGAUGGGUCCUCCUGAAGUAGGAGAAGCUGUUCAAGUCAAAUGGCCUGAUGGGCUUUUCUAUGGUGCUAAAUAUCUUGGAUCCAACAUCUCCUACAUGUACCAGGUGGAGUUUGAAGAUGGGUCUCAGGUACUGGCAAAAAGAGAAGAUAUCUACACCCUAGAGGAGGACUUGCCUAAAAAAGUCAAGCGUAGACUUUCCACAGCAUCCAGCAUGCGUUUCCAGGACACCUUCUUUACCACACAAGGAGAAAGGAAACGUCAAAGAACUCCAAAUUUGCGCUUCCAAAAAGACUAUGUGGCUCUGCCAGGCCUCCGUACAACUGCCAAAAGCUCCUGGGAGCCACGCAGCCCGAAAGGGAAAUGAACACUUGGAGCCUGUGACUGAUAAAUGCACUGAAUGAGCCAUGGAUGUAAACAGAACGUUUUGGCUGUUUUUUGGUUGUGUGUGUGUGUGUGUGUAUGUGUGUGUGUGCGCGUGCGCGCGCAACCAUCAUGAAUCAGCUCCAUUUUUCAGCAUUACCGAAUUUACCUGUAAAACAAAUGCCGAGCAAAACUUAAGGGAAUGUGAGCUGUAUUUUGCUGUAUGUUUAAUUAUGAUCAUGGUGCUUGGACAUUUUAUCGCAGAGCCUGAGUGGGACUUUUCUGUACAUUUGAUUUGUCGGCUGAGCUGAGGUGCACAGGCUUACAGACAACACGCAGUCUGAAUUUCUUUGUGCUAUCAGGUCAGUCAGGGAUGUGACAAUGUGUGUGGGGAAAAGUUUUCUGUGUAUAUAACUAAAGUUUAGAAUUUUCUAGCUUUGGUAGCUUCGGGGGUCUGAUUUUAUUUUGAGUAUUUAAGCACUUUCCUUUUACUAUUUUCUUCAUGUCUUAACUGCGCCCUCUGCAUGUUUAACAUAGUCUCCCAAAUGCUUUUGCUGGACCUUGUCUGUGCAGUACAAAGGCUUUCUUCCUGUAUAUUGUAAAAGAAAGCUGGCAAAUGAUCAGCUGAAGGUUGAAAGAAACAUUUAUUUUGUAAAAGAUUGGUUCUAUGAUAAUCCAUGAAUAACACCAGGCAGGAAGCCAUGUACUUUGCAUUAGACAUUUCCCAAUGUGAAAUGCUACUGUUGCUCUUUUAGAUAAAACACAUCCUUGAAAUUAUUUAAAAUUUGUAUUUAUUUUUGGCUUGCUAGUUUCACCAUUGUUAAUUGCUGUAAGAAAACAAAUUGAAAAAAUACAUAUGUUUUGUUAUUA